ACUCCUCUCCUACUUAUUAGCGCCGCUCUCUUCGCCGCCUCGAAUUUCCGGCGAUUUUCCUUCGUUUUACUUUCGUCGAGCUUCUCCGUCCCUGUCUCCGUUCCUGUCUCCGUCGAACGAGAUAUGUCUUUUCUCUCUCUUCGUGUCCAACGCGAAGCCUCUGCCCAGACGAUUCCUCUGGAGAAUCUCCCUCUUAAAUUGGGGAUGUUUUUUGACCGUUUCCCCAAUUUGGCAGCUUCUCCAAUUUUCAGUUCAAUUGUCAAGAAGGGUGAAGAAAUUGAAGAGGAAGAGAUGGUGACAGCUCUGUCAAUGGUGUUUCUUCAUCCAAAAUAUACAGCUCCCAUGACCUAUUACUUCUCUGCCGUAAUCAGACUUGUUUUAGAUAAAGUUGUGAGCCUUCUCCAGCUAGUGGGUGAUCUGAGAUCAAAUCCUGACCAUUCCGAUGAUGAAUCGCUUCUUGAUCAUUUCGUGAAUAGUGGUGUUGGGAUAAUUGAUUACUAUGUUCGACAUGGACGAGGUUUGGAACUUCAUGAGUGUGCUUGCUUGGCCUUCAGCCGUGCCCUUCAUUUAAAUAUGUCUUUGUUAGGUUCUGUCCUAAAUUAUUUCAAGUUUGCUCCAGCACCUCAUGAACGUCUUGUCAACGAAAUGAACUCAGGGAUAUAUAGAGAGGUUGCAUCUGUAUACUUGCCUGGUGUGCAAGUAACAUAUCGUUUUCUCUGUAUUAGUCGUGAAGUUUUCUCUGAGUUAUGGGAUUGGUCUUGUUUCUACGACUCCAUGAGGAAGCUUUCAGAAUGUUCUAAACAACAAAGAGAUUUAUCGGAAAAGCAUAGGGAUGCUAUAUGGGUUGGUGAACAAAUUCUUUCCUGUGUCUUGAUAUGGAAUGACAGAGCCACAGAAGAAGUAACAGAACGUUUUGGUCUUGGAAAAGAAGAAGCAUUUUCAAGCUUAUUGCGUUGGCAGGAAUUUUGCCAGGAUGUAGAAAUUGAGAAGGCUGGAUUGUACAUUGAGUUUCCUACCCAUACGGGGCUGGGGUCAUUGAAACGGUGCACAGAUUUCUACCAUCCUAGUAAUCUGGAAUAUUUGGCUAACUGCCCGCAAUCAUCACAGCUAGACAAUCUUGAGCCCUUGCGAAAGAUUCGGAGGCUUGACGAUCGGGGUGAUAGAUCAUUUUCUGAACCAUUUGCCAUCAACUCUAGAGCGAAGAAAAGUUAUGAAAUGGCCUCUCUAGCUGUUAGUCAAAAGCGACCUGUUCUUCUAUAUGGUCCUUCGGGUUCUGGUAAGACACAUCUCAUUCGAAAGUUGGCUGAAGACAGCGGGAGCCAUGUUAUAUUUAUCCACAUGGAUGACCAACUUGAUGGGAAAACCUUGGUUGGCACUUAUGUAUGUGCCGACCAACCUGGAGAAUUCAAAUGGCAGCCUGGUUCAUUAACUCAGGCUGUCAUGAAUGGCUUCUGGGUUGUUCUCGAGGACAUUGACAAAGCACCAUCAGAUGUCCCUCUUGUAUUAUCACCUUUGCUUGGAGGUUCAAGUUCAUUUGUGACCAGUCAUGGAGGGAAAAUACAGAUAGCAGAUAAUUUCAGACUGUUUUCAACCAUAUCUACCUCUGAGGGCAGCAUAUCAAACAUUAGAGAAGGUGGAAGUGCUCUUAGUCCUCUUUGGAGGAGAAUUCUGGUCCGUCCGCCGGAUACAGAAAGCUUGCAAAGUUUGCUUGCUAGAUAUCCAAGCUUGGAGCCUGUUUCCAAGAAAUUCAUUGAAACAUUUGAAAAUGUUAAUUCUGCACUUUGUUUGCAAUUUACAAGUUCGCGGACUGAAAACCCUACUUCCUUCAGAUCUCCAAAUAGAUUUUCACUGAGAGAUUUAAUCAAGUGGUGCGAACGAAUUAAUGGUUUGUCUUCGUAUGACAACAAUAUGAUUUAUCAAGAGGCAGCUGAUAUAUUCUCUGCUUCUUAUAUGUCCUCUCAAAACCGGAUGACUGUUAGUCGAAUUAUUGCUAGCAUUUGGAAUGUUCCUGUUUCUGAGGUUCAGUAUAAGCCUACAAUUCAGGAUUUUUCUGGAAUUCUGAAAAUUGGAAGAGUUUCUCUUGAACGUGGUGAAACUGCGUCACAUGAUAGGUCGAGAUUUGUUGAAACACGCAUCUCUAUGCACUUGCUCGAGAAAAUAGCUCGAUCUGUUGAGUGUAAUGAGCCAGUUCUCUUAGUUGGGGAAACUGGUACAGGGAAAACAACAUUGGUGCAAAAUCUGGCUUCGUGGUUGGGGCAGAAACUCACUGUUCUGAACUUGAGCCAGCAAAGUGAUAUAGUGGAUCUGUUAGGUGGUUUUAAGCCUAUCAAUGCAAAACUCAUGUGCACAUCUCUGUACAAUGAAUUCAAUAAAUUGGCAAGACUAUCAAGGAUGAAGGAUGAUUCAGGAAUCAUGAAAUGGCUGCAAAAACGUUUUAGGGCCAGGAACUGGGAAACAUUUCUGAGUGGAUUGAAGAAAACUAUUGAUUACCACACUGGAGACAAUAAUGAAAAAAAAAGGUUUGGAUCUUGUAGGAAAAGGAAGAAACAAGAUGGGAUUAAAGAUUGGGUUGCUCUUUCAGGCAAAGUAGAAAAAAUUCGUCAGCAGAUUUGCUCAGGUGGAAUGGUAUUUACCUUUGUGGAAGGUGCUUUUAUAACAGCUCUCAGAGAAGGACAUUGGAUUUUACUGGAUGAGGUCAACUUAGCCCCGCGUGAGAUAUUGGGCAGACUUGCUGGUGUUCUUGAAGGGGCAAGAGGUUCGCUUUGUCUUGCUGAAAGAGGGGAUGUCAAGGGCAUUAUGAGACAUUUGAAUUUCCGUAUAUUUGCUUGUAUGAAUCCAGCCACAGAUGCUGGUAAACGAGAGUUGCCGUUCUCCUUCCGCAACAGAUUUACAGAGUAUGUUGUUGAUGAUGAAUUGUGUGAUGAUGACCUGGGUAUUUUUGUGAGGCGGUUUUUAGCUGGACGCGGAUCUGAUAGCAAGUUAGUCAGUAACAUUGUUUGCUUUUACAAGGAAGCUAAAAGGUUAUCUGAAGAAAACUUGCAAGAUGGUGCAAAUCAGAAACCACAGUAUAGCUUGAGAUCUCUUUACCGUGCACUUGAGUAUGCCAGAAAAGCAGAAAGCAUUGCUGGAUUUGAAAAGGCAUUAUUUGAUGGAUUUUCCAUGUUUUUCCUCUCUCUCUUGGACGCUUCUAGUGCUAAGAUCAUGAACCACAUGAUUAUAAAACACAUCUUACGGAAACAUAGUUCUCCAGUUUCAUCCUUUUGUCCCAGCACCUACUUGGGAGAACUAUGUCAUGAAUCCAGCUCUGAUGAAUUUGUGAAGAACUAUGUCAUGACAAAGACUGUAAAGAAGCAUCUUGACCAUCUGAUGCAUGCCAUUUUUAUUAAAAAGUAUCCUGUUCUUUUACAAGGACCAACAUCCAGUGGGAAAACAAGCCUUGUCAGAUAUCUAGCAGCAUUAAGCGGGCACACGUUUGUCCGAAUCAAUAAUCAUGAGCACACAGAUAUCCAAGAAUAUUUGGGCUCCUAUAUGACCGAUUCCUCUGGGAAGCUCAUAUUUCAUGAAGGUGCAUUAGUGAAGGCUGUUAGGAACGGGCACUGGAUAGUCUUAGAUGAACUCAAUUUGGCCCCGUCUGAUGUUCUGGAGGCACUUAACAGAUUGCUUGACGAUAAUAGAGAACUUUUUGUGCCUGAACUGGGCGAGGCGAUUUCAGCACAUCCUCAUUUCAUGCUUUUUGCUACCCAGAAUCCACCUACACUAUAUGGUGGACGCAAAAUGCUUUCGCGUGCUUUUCGUAACCGGUUUGUGGAGAUCCAUGUUGAUGAAAUUCCAGAAGAUGAACUCAGUAUAAUUCUUAAAGAGAGGUGCCACAUUGCUGAAACCCAUGCUUUGAAAAUGGUUGAAGUGAUGAAGGACUUGCAACUACAUAGGCAAAAUAGCAAAGCUUUUGCUGGAAAACAUGGAUACAUAACGCCUAGAGAUUUAUUCCGAUGGGCUGAUCGUUUUAGGAUUUUUGGAAAAGGUAAUGAAGAUAUAGCCAGAGAAGGGUAUUACCUUCUUGCAGAGAGGCUGCGGGAUGACGCAGAGAAGCAAGUUGUUCAAGAGGUUUUGGAGAGACAUCUUCGUGUUGCUCUUGCUGAAGACGUCUUAUACAAAAGAGAUAUGUUUGGUUUGGAUAAAUCACUUCGUUUGAGAGAUAUCAUGCAGAGUAGAGCUGUCACCUGGACUAAAAAUAUGUGGAGAUUGUUUUUUCUUAUUAGGCGUUGCUAUGAACUGCGUGAGCCUGUUCUUCUUGUUGGUGAAACUGGAGGAGGCAAAACAACCAUCUGCCAAUUGCUUAGCCAUGCUCUGGGGCUAAGAUUGCACAUUCUUAAUUGUCAUCAAUUCACGGAAACUUCUGAUUUCCUUGGUGGGUUCUUUCCUGUCCGGGAUAGAUCUAAAUUAGCUGCUGAAUACGAAAACCUUGUCAAGAAGUUGAAGCUCUCCAAAGCAUUGACUCAGCUUGACCAAGAAAUUGACAUUUCCGCUGAUAUUAAUGAUGCAGAGUUGUCAAUUAAAGCAUUGGAUGCAGUUCUCGAAAAGUACAGAAAUGAUUUGACGAUGGAUACAGGUAUCCGGCAGCCAGAUUUUGAUGCUUUUGUGAAAAUGAAGAACGAUCUGGUUGUGUUGUAUCAGAAGUGGCGUGCAGUCUUUGUUUGGCAAGAUGGGCCCCUUGUGCAAGCUAUGCGAGCUGGUGAUCUCUUAUUAGUGGAUGAGAUAUCUUUGGCUGAUGAUAGUGUGCUAGAGAGACUGAAUAGUGUGUUGGAGCCUGAGAGGAAAUUGUCUUUAGCUGAGAAAGGUGGCCCUGAAUUGGAGGAAGUCGCUGCCCAUGAAAGCUUUUUGGUUCUUGCUACUAUGAAUCCUGGUGGUGAUUAUGGAAAGAAAGAAUUGUCUCCGGCACUUCGCAACCGAUUUACUGAGAUAUGGGUUCCCCCUAUUAGUGAUAUCGAUGAACUUACAAGUAUUGCACUUUCUAGCCUUUCAGAACCAAAGGAUCCUAAAAUUGUAGGUCCCAUUGUGAACUUUUGGGAGUGGUUCAAUCGAUUGCAGAUUGGGAGAAUGCUCACAGUCAGAGAUCUCCUCUCUUGGAUUUCUUUUGUCAAUGUCACUAGAGAAAACUUAGGACCUGUAUAUGCUAUUUCUCAUGGGGCAUUUCUCGUGGUACUUGAUGGUUUAAGUUUAGGAACUGGUUUUUCUAAGAGAGAUGGGGAAGAGCUGAGGGAAAAAUGUUUCUUGUUUCUUUCUGAACAGUUAAAGGUUUUUGCUAGUGAUACAUUACCUUCAGAACUUUCCAAACUGGAGCAAUAUGGCUGGGGUGAUUGUGAAACAGUUUAUCAGGGAAAUAAGAGUGUUUUACGUGGGGAUAUGUUUGGUAUUGAUCCUUUUUACAUCAGAAAAGGUGAUGAGAAUACCGAGACUGGAGGAUUUGAAUUUUUAGCUCCAACAACUCGUAAAAAUGCCUUGAGGGUAUUGCGUGCAAUGCAGCUUUCUAAACCUAUUUUGUUAGAAGGCAGCCCAGGCGUAGGAAAAACAAGUUUAAUUAUGGCGGUGGGUAAAUAUUCUGGCCACAAGGUGGUGCGCAUAAAUCUAUCAGAGCAGACUGAUAUGAUGGAUUUGCUGGGUUCAGAUUUGCCAGCCGAAAGUGAUAAAGAGAUGAAGUUUGCAUGGUCUGAUGGAAUCCUCUUGCAGGCGUUAAAGCAAGGCUCCUGGGUUUUGUUAGAUGAACUUAACCUUGCCCCACAAUCUGUUCUGGAGGGUUUGAAUGCGAUUUUGGAUCAUCGCGCUCAGGUCUUCAUUCCAGAACUUGGUCGUACUUUUGAAUGUCCUCCUACUUUUAGAGUUUUUGCAUGCCAGAAUCCUUCUUCUCAAGGCGGUGGCAGAAAAGGUCUUCCAAAAUCUUUCCUUAACCGAUUUGCCAAGGUUUAUGUGGACGAGCUGGUGGAAGAUGAUUACUUUUUCAUCUGUAGCUCACUUUACCCAUCUAUUCCCCGGCCUUUGCUUUCUAAGCUUAUUACUUUUAAUAGACGGUUGCAUGACGAUACAAUGCUAAGUCGUAAGUUCGGUCAGAAUGGUUCACCUUGGGAAUUCAAUCUGCGUGAUGUGAUUAGAUCCUGCCAAGUUGUGCAAGGGGCAGUGAACGACAUUGAAAUUGACAACUUUCUGAAUGUUGUUUAUGUUCAAAGAAUGCGUACUGCAAAUGAUCGCAAAGAAGUUCUUAGUAUCUAUGAGGGGAUUUUUGAUCGAAAACCUUCGAUAAACAGUUAUCCUCGAGUUCAGCUGAAUUCUUCCUACUUAAUUGUUGGAAGUGCUUCUAUUAAAAGGAACUUCACUCAGUCAAACAUUUCGAGUGAGCAACUGAAGAUUUUGCCUGAAAUCCGUCAGAACUUGGAGGCUGUUGCACAUUGUGUGCGGAAUCAAUGGCUGUGCAUUCUAGUAGGACCAUCAUCAUCUGGGAAAACUUCACUGAUCAGAAUAUUAGCUCAGCUAACAGGAUAUGCUCUUAAUGAGCUAAAUCUCUCAUCUGCCACUGACAUUUCUGAUUUACUUGGGUGCUUUGAGCAAUAUAAUGCCUUCCGAACUUUCAGGUUGAUUGUUGCUCGAGUUGAGCACCUUCUUAAUGAGUAUAGCAGCUGGUUAUUGGAAUCUUCCUCAGAGACCUUCUUAAGUGAAAGGAACAACUUAGUUUCCAGCUGGCUUUCUUUUUUAUCUACUCUAAACUCCUGCCUCCUGGAAGGUUCUCCAUCCUUCCUGAAGGACUCUUAUAGCCUUUCUGACUCACUCUCUAAGUUAAUGGAGAUUAUAGCUCUUCUAAAGCAGGCAGUGGAUGAAGGCGCUUUGCAUGCUAGUUGCUCAAAGAAGAAUCUGGACCAAAUCGUGAAGACAAUAUUGAAGCUGCAAACUUACGAGAAAAAGCCGACAACAAGAUUUGAAUGGGUGACUGGUAUGCUGAUAAAGGCUAUAGAAAAUGGAGAAUGGAUUAUCCUAGAGAAUGCAAAUCUGUGUAAUCCCACGGUACUUGAUAGAAUCAACUCUUUGGUUGAACCGUGUGGAUCAAUCACCAUAAAUGAGUGUGGAAUUAUUGACGGUGAACCCCUUACUGUCACCCCGCAUCCAAAUUUCAGGUUGUUCCUUACUGUUAACCCAAAUUUUGGUGAAGUAUCAAGAGCAAUGCGGAAUAGAGGUGUUGAAAUAUUUAUGAUGGAGCCAGAUUGGCAACUGGAUGAUGAGGUUGUUGACAGCGAAGAACUUUUAGUGAGAGGUGUUGAGAGGUUUCUUGCUUUAUCAGGCAUACCAGGUUACAAGUUGGUGGCUUCAAUGGCCAAAGCACAUGUUUAUGCAUGGUGUAAAGGUCAAUGCUUUAAUGCACGGAUUACAUAUCUUGAACUUGAACAAUGGGUUAACUUAUUUCAACAGCUGCUCAUGAAUGGCAAUCAACCUCUACGGAGCCUACGACUAAGUUGGGAGCAUAUCUAUCUUUCAUCCCUUGGUGAAGAUGAUGGAAAAGAAGUAGUUGAUGAUGCUCGUGAUGCUUAUUUGUCAGAGAUAGAGCUGUCUGAUUUUAUUUCAUCUAUGGGCCAGGGUCUUUGCUUGCCUGGGGGAUGGCCAAAGCCUCUUAACUUGAGAGAUUUCACAAGGUAUUCAAGAGAAGUUACUGUCAGGCAGAAUUGCAUGUACCUGGAGUUCUUAGGGGCUCAGCAUGCAUCUCAUGAAUCUGAUAUAACCUGCAACCGGAGAUUCAUAGACAGAGAGUUUGCUGCUGGUGAAUUGAGAACAAUUUAUACAAUUGAUUCUUCGAGAUUAAGAAAGCUCAUGUUUCCUAAAGCUGCCAGUGGAUCUACUUGUGUGGAAAAUGCACCUAAAACUAAGCUGGAUUCAGUUUUAAAAAUGCUGUUAUACGCUGCCAACUGGGCAAUUGAGCAGGCAACUGAAAUGGAUAUUCAACUCUAUCUUCGCUGGUUUACAUGGUUUGAUUCCAAGUUGCAGCCAUACUGUCCGUUUUUCCAGUUCUUUGUCAGUAUGCUCAAGGAGGAGUUGGAGCAUCCAAUCUGGUGUCAUAUACUUAGAUGCCGACAGGACCUAAUGUCCCUCUGCCAGAUGGAUUGUGAUGCUAGUCCUAACCCCAUGCUGUCCUUAAAGCUGAUUGAUGUAGCUGCAUCGUAUGGCCAGCCCAAUGAAUCUAGUAAAUGUCUCUUUGAUUGUCUCAACUCCACUGGGGUUCUUCGGCUUUCCUAUCAGCAGUGGUUUGCGGAAAGAAACUAUAAUCACACCGAUGUAUCUCUGUCAUUUGUAACAUUUCUGAAAUCCCUUCAAAGACUGGAGAAGAAACUGCUAAACAUGCUUGUUGGAUCUCAUGAUUUUAGCGUGUUGAUUCAACUCUACACCCAACUUAUUGAAAAGCAUGCACUCUUUUGGUCUGCUUUGGUCUCCUCACAAAAUGAGAAUUUAGUGUAUUCCUUCCGGUCUGUGAUAAAAGCUGUUAAAAAUUUACUGGGCUCUUUUCCUGAAGAAGUUCAGGUGGUCCUGGAUGAAAGCAAAAAUAUGAACAAGAUAUAUUUGCAUGGUCACACUGAAAAAUCAUUGCUAUGGGCACAUGGUGGUCAUCCUUCCAUGCCAGGUUCUGCAGAACUGUACAAUAAGCAGCAGGAACUUCUGAAAUUGUGUGACACCGUUUGGCGAGUGAGAUUAGAAUCAGAUUAUCGAGGGAAUGAUUAUUUUACCCGAGUUAUGGCGUUCUGUUGUCCUGAAAUUUGUUCUCUUGCCUUGCAAGGCCUUUGCAUGUCAUCAUAUAUCACUGACAAAGAUGAUGAAGACAAUAUGGCUGCUGUUCAGUUGGAUGAGAUAUACCAGAUGCUUUUGAGAAGGCUGAAAUUUGAAAGAGAAAGGCUGGACGCUGGGAAUGAUAGCCUUGAAAAAUCUUCUGCUGCUUGCUGUGUUUUACUCCCAGAGAUUUUGGCUACUGGAUCUGGUUAUGGCAGUUGGUUACAAACGAAUCUUCUUGCGUGCAGUGAAAGUUUUUAUUUAGAUGUGGAGUUACUUAAUGUACUUCAAAACCUUCUGCUGGUCCAUUCCACCAUGCCCUCAGGGUUACAGCAGGAUCUUGAGAACAUUUCAAGGCUGCUUGAGUGUGCUCUAAGUUAUUCAUUAUCCUCUUCAAGGCCUCCACAAACUCUUGUGGCUCAUCAAAAAAUCCUAUGGACAAUUGAUGCACACAGCUCUACAGUAGGAGUGGACACCAAAAUUGCUGGUUCUGUUCUUGAAAUGUGGUAUUGGUGGCAUUCAGUUCUGUGGAAUCAUAAUCAAUUCCCUCUCAUGAAUAUCUCAGAGAUCGAUGGUUAUUGCAUUCCACUGCCUUCUAUGCUGAUUCAGCCAGCGAAAACAGUUACUGUUUCUCAGAUGCUGCAAAGUGUAUAUGCCAUCAAGGAUUACCAUGUUCAAUCAACCAAGUUUAGAUUUGCUUCCCGAACUCUAUGGAAAAGCUCACAGCCCAAGCAAGAGAUGCCUGCGUUUCUGUUAUCAAUUGCACGGUCUCUCUUCCAACAGGUUAUAUGCACACACAAAAAGUCAUUUGAGCCGGGCAAAUUUGCGGCAAUUAGCUCCACUCUUCAGGCCGUUGAGAAUAACCCAGACAAGUUGGAUAGACAGCUCCUGAUCUCAUUGAUUGAGUCAACAAGUCAUCAGAGGUUGAAGUCUCUAACUCACUCAUUUGUUGAUACAUUGAUUCAGCAUCUCUAUCUUGAUUGCUCAUCAAAUGAUUUCUACUUCAAUCUUGGCUUAACCUGGUUAAAUCUUGGAGGACUUCGUUUCCAUCUUUUGCAUAGCUUUGAUGCUAUAGAUCCAGCCACAAAGAUCACAUGCAAACUAUCCGAACUAGAAGAGAAAAUUUCAUCCCUUGAGCUAAACAUGAAGGUUCGGGAAGAAUGUGAGUAUCUCGCAGGAUCACUUUAUCCUGGAGAAAGUUACAAAAGAAUCAAACAAACAUUAGAAGGCCUCGUUACUGAGCAUAAAAGGCUGCAAAGGAAGAUUGUUUUUCGCCCUGAUCCUAAAAAGUACAAGGAGUUAAGUCGAGAGCUCAACGAGUUUGCAAGAUUUGUUAACCCUGUACAUCUUGUCGAUAAUAUUAAAAAACGGGUCUGGAAUCAGGUCAUUGGCCAGGUUUGCACCUGGCAGGAUACAGCAGCUUCGUUUAUCGAUCGACUAUCCAAUGAGUAUUCUGAAUAUAUGGAUAUAACUCAGCCGGUUCAAGUUGCAGUGUAUGAGAUGAAAUUGGGUUUAGCUCUCAUUGUCUCUGGAGCUUUUUUGGAAAAUAUUCUCAAUAAAGUUGGGAUAGAGAAGGUUGAUUCAGUCAUGGGAGCAAUUUAUGCUCUAAUGAGAUUUCCAAGAGGUUGCUCCUCAGCUCCAUUUAUCAAUCACAAGAGUUCGCCGUUUCUGCACCUUUCUCAUGGUGCAGAUUCUCGUGCAAUAUCCUUAGGUUUGGAUGUCAGUUUACUGCAGAAAUUGAUCUCUGUUUCAAAUUCAGAAGAUGCUGGAAAAGUGUCUCAGUUGCAACUCAAGGUUGUUCUCUACAAAGACCUUCACUUUCGUAUUUCACAAUUUGUAGCAAAUGCAAAGAUAAUGGAUAAAGAUUCAUUUGAGUUACUACAUAAGAUAUAUCUUGAACUGGCAAGCAUUUGGAUGGAAAUGAAGUUUCAAGCAGAAUCCAAAGCAGAUUCUAUUUCUCAGCUGUACAAGUUCCGUGUUCGUGACUUUAAAAUCGAAAGUGUGAUGGAAGUGGAUAUAUCUGGUCUGAGCAAGCAUUUAGCAAAUGAUAGUUUCUCGGAAUGGCAAGAGUUUUUGGCUGAUGGAGAUUCAAAUUACACAACUCAAACGGAUCAGGAGGAGGAAAACCUAGAGGAUGAGUGGAAUCUGAUGCAGGAGCAUCUGGAUGAUAUAUUUAGCUCCCACAAUGAAUUAUUUGGUUCUCUCAACCUCUGUGGAAAGCCUGAAAGGUUCUGUAUGACAGACAACAGAAGACUGGGUUCCUUCAAGGAUUCCUAUGAACUUGGAAUCAGUGUGAUCAAAGGUCUAAGGGGCUUAUUUACUUCAAGUGUGGACGCGAGACUCGUACCAGAACACCUUCUUCGUCUCUGCUUAGAGUAUAAGCGAAAUUUCACUUCACCCCAUCAAUUUGCCAGUAAAUUUAACUUUUACAAGGAUUCAAAUCCUCUGGAACUGGGAAAGAUGGUCCAGUUGCUCACUGGACUUCAGAUGAGAAUCUGUUCUCUCUUGCAAGAACAGGAGGAUCAUACUGGACUUCACAAACUCUCUGAUGUUCUUCAAAUGCUCUUGGAUAUCCCUUCAAGUACUCCUCUAGCUAAGGCUCUUUCGGGAUUGCAGUUCCUGCUGUGUAGGGUCCGCAUGCUGCAGGAAGAAGGCUGUAAAUUCUCCAUUUCUGGUCUGUUGGAACCAGUAACUGCUCUUGCAAGCUCAUGGCAGAAAAUGGAAUUUGAGUGUUGGCCUACAUUACUCGAUGAGGUUCAAGAUCAAUAUGAAAUAAAUUCUGGGAAGUUGUGGCUUCCUCUGUUUACAGUUCUGUUUCAGAAGGACUCCGGUAGUAUUUCAGAGAAUGAAACCGAGUUUAUUACACAGAGUUUGGUCGAGUUCAUCGAAACGUCCAACAUUUGCGAAUUUAGGAAACGCCUUCAGCUUCUUUUUGGUUUCCUUGUUCAUUUAAGUAUGGGUUGCUCGCUGGGGAUAUAUUCAAGUGAUUUUCAUAAGAGGAACCUGGAAAUUUGCUACAACCUUUUUGGAUUUUACAUCCAGUUCCUCCCGGUUGUAAUGAAUCAGAUUGAAUCAAAUAGAAGAAAUGUUGAGACCGAGUUAAAUGAGCUUCUGAAACUGUGUAAAUGGGAAAAGCUAGAAAGUUAUCUGUCUAUUGAGACCAUUAAAAAAGCCAUCACAAAUCAAAUGGUAAAGCUAUUACUGAAGAACUUUGAGGACAUGUUAAGGCAGACUGUAAUGCUUGUUAAGCAAGAGUUUCCGCAGCAAGGAGUUCAACUUCUGCCUCAAUUGUGUCCCGAGCUUAUGAAUGGGGCAUCCAACACGAGCACCGAGGUUCUGGCCAUUGCGUUAGGAGCUCGACAAAUGAAUAAAGGGGACAGUUUGUCAUGGUAUUCCGUCUGGAGGAAUAAAUUAAAUGAAGCUGUGGGGGUCUCUCGCGAUCAAUUGCAGCUUGAAACAAGAUCUCUGAUGGCUGAAGAUGUUGCGAGUGUCAUAAGUCAGUUAUUAGAGCACCAAUCUUCUUACUCCAUCUAUCAGGAUGAUUGGAAAAAUGUGUGGAGUACAAUUGCUAGGGUUGGUGGCAGGAUAAUUGGUUGCGCAGAUCUAUGGAGAGACGAUGACAGACGUGUUGGGAAAAAGAGGGCGCUGUCUGAACUUCUUAAGUUAUUAGAAAUUAGUGGUCUGCAGAAACACAAGUUUGAAAAUGUGGAGAUAUCAAACCACUUAAAAGGAAUGCUUGCACAGCCAUCAUAUGAUCCCCAACAUCUGCUGUCGACAGACUCCGAAACUAGCACACAUCAUCCUAGGGAAGUUGAAGAUCAAAACCAGAAAACUUCAGAUUCUGACUGGAGAGGCGCAAAUCAAUUUUAUUUUAAGAGCUUGGCUUCAGUGCAGCUAUUGCUAGAGAUUGGCCGUAAACACACAGAUAUUACAUAUGAGCAGUUUAACCGGUCAAUCUCUUUCCUCAACCAUCUUGUGGAAAUACAAAGGGAGCAAAGAAAAGCUGCUUAUUGCUUUGAUGAACUUCUCAAGCGAUAUCGCCAACAUAUUUCAUCUUUUGAGAAGAUAUUGAAAGAUUCAUUUGAUUCUAAGUCAAGGGAUAGUUCUGUGCUCAGUUUUCCUCGAAAUCAACAUGCUAUCUUCAACUGCAUGUUGCAACAGAAGCAACUGUUCGAUAAGCUUAUUGCAAUUUUGUACGAUGAAUCUGCAUUGCUGAGAACAGUUAGAAGUGCCCACUUGAACUCUUGUCAAGAUGUGAAAGCUUCAUCAAGUGGUGUCCUUGACUUCACUGAAAGUUUAAUUCCCAUUGUUGAAAAAUCUAAGGCAUCACUGGAUAGGUGCCUUGGUUGUGACGGAGCUAUUACCGCACCAAGUGACUGUCCAGAUCAAAAGCUUGUCACAAAUCAAAUGGUAAAGCUAUUACUGAAGAACUUUGAUACACUUAAGGAGUUGGAGGAGCAAUAUUCCAGUUUCCAUAGAGAAGGCAUGGGCAAAAGUUGUGUCAGAGAUGUUCUUCUAAGUCAUUUUGAUCCAGUGUUUGAAGAGGGGAAAUUGCUGGCGAAGCAGCUAAAUUGUAUACUUGAGGUGGAAGAGCAAUCUACUGGAAUUGAGUUUAAGGAACAAACUGCUUUUGAUGGAGUUCUUGCCAGUACAUUUGGAAGUAUCAAGUGUGUUCUCCGAAAGCUUUGUUCGUACAAGGACAAAAGUGGUUCUCAAGAACAAGGGAAUAUUACUGCAUGGAAUUGUGUAGUCAAGAAAGCAGAAAAUGACCUGGACCUUGAUAACCUAUGUUGUCUGCUUUCACAAACACUUAGUUCCAUUGAAAAAGUAGUGAACUCUUCUGGUAGCCUUCCAGCUUCUGUAGGAGAACAUUUGAAGCACCUGCAUGUGUUCCUUGAUCUAAUAUUGUACUUUGGCGACUGUUUCCUUAAAGAUUUUCUGGGGAUGAGCAAAACGGUGUCAAUGAUAACCCUUGAGCUUGCUAGUGUCUUGGCGGAUCUGUUCACAAAGGGGUUCGGAGUGUCCACAAAAGAUGAAGACUCUAGUGUUGACAAAUCGCAAGCGGCAGCAGGUACUGGAAUGGGAGAAGGUGUGGGAGGAAAAGAUGUGAGCGACCAAAUAGAAGAUGAAGAUCAACUGAUUGGUACAUCUGAAAAGGGUGAUGAAAAGCAGGAUGCUCCAGAUGAGGUGCUGGGUAAUGAUAAAGGCAUAGAGAUGAGCAAUGAGUUUGAUGGAAAAGAACAUAGCAUCAGCGAAGAUUCCGGAGAAGACAAGGAAGAUGGGGAAAGCGAGGAUGAACAAUUGGACUCUGCGAUGGGAGAGGCAGGAUCUGAUGCUGAAGUAGCUGAUGAAAAACUUUGGGACAAGGAUGAAGACGUGGAGCCAGAAAACAAGAGUGAGAAGUAUGAAUUUGGACCAACUGUUGUGGACAAAGACACUAGCUCUAGAGAGUUGAGAGCCAAGGAGGAUGAUGCUGUCACUACCGAUGAGCCUGAGGAAUUUAACACUUCUGGCAUACAUGAAGAAGGAAAUGCUGAGAAUGACGAUCAGGAUAAUCUUGGUGACACGGAAAACCUGGAAGAUAAUUGUCAGAGCAAGGAAGAAGCGUUUGCAGACCCAACUGAACUGAACCCUGAGGUGGGCAAUGAACAAACUGAUGAUGCCAUGGAGGUUGAUGAAAAGGAAGAGGAUGCAAAAGAAGAUGCAGAUCAUAAUGAAGAAACUUGUCCAGAAGAUCAAAAUGAACCUGAAGAGGUUGAGAAUGGUCACGAAAUUCCAGAGACUGCUGAUGAAUCUAUGGAGGCAGGGGGUGAGGAUGUGCCUGGAUCUCCUCAAAAAGAUUGUUGUGGUGAUGAUCUUGAGCAGAAUGCAGGAAUGGAGCCGACAGAAGAGAAGGAAGAUGUAAUCGAACAUAAGAAUCCAAAUUCGGGUGGCGAUAACAUGCCUGAUGUGGAAUCUGGAUCACAAACUCUUCUUGGAGACCAUUCAUCAGGGGCAGGAAGUACAGCACCCCAGGAAAACUGGUCUAAUAAUAAUGCAACCGAUAAUCUUGCAGCUUCAUUAGAUUUGCCUUCUGGUACUAACCUUGAGGGGAACCUCAUGGUGUCCAACACAUUGAAUGGUGAAACAUUGACAGAUAAUGCCCUAAAGAUGGAAUUGCCUCAGAACCAAACAUAUUCUUCUCAACAAACCAAACUGAACCCUUACAGGCAUGUUGGUGAUGCAUUAAAGGAGUGGAAAGAAAGAAUUAGAGUUUCCACAGACCUUAAUGGAGAAAGACAAGAGGGUGAGGGUGAGAUUGAGGAUUCAGGUUCUGGUGAGUAUGGAUAUACUUCUCAGUUUGAUGAAGGAACUUCACAAGCUCUGGGACCUGCAAUGUCUGAGCAGGUGAACACACACAUAAGAGACAUGGAACCUGAGGGAGAAAGAGUUGAAGGGCAUCAGAAUGAAGUGGUCAAGAUGGAUAUAGAUGCAGUGAACCCCCCAAACCAACCCGCCGCCGUCCACUCUAACUCAGUGAUGAGGAAUAAUAACAACCCUGAACAAAUCCAGGCACCAGAUACUGACAUGAAAAAUCAAGAGGACUUCCCUGUUAAUGACGUCAAUGAUGGCCAUGGCGGAAUGGACUCUAUGGUUUCUAUUGACAGAUCCUUUGUUGGGGAAGAUGUGUACAACCCACUCAGAGCUCUGGUGACUGAUCAGGAUACGGGAAAAGUCCACGAUACUGAAGAAGAUCCUGAUGCCAAAAGUAAUGCAAUGAUUAGAUGGAGCAGAUGUGAGUUGCUUACUGCGAAAUCAUCUCAGGAGCUGGCUGAGCAGCUGCGUCUUAUCUUGGAACCCACGCUUGCAAGCAAGCUCCAUGGUGAUUACAGAACUGGCAAAAGAAUAAACAUGAAAAAGGUUAUUCCAUACAUAGCAAGUCAGUAUCGGAAAGACAAAAUCUGGUUGAGGAGGACAAAACCUAGCAAGCGUGAGUACCAGGUUGUCAUUGCUGUUGAUGAUUCACAAAGCAUGUCGGAAAAUGGUUGUGGUGAAUUUGCGAUUAGAGCCCUCAUGACCGUUUGUCGUGCAAUGUCUCAACUCGAAAUGGGAAGUCUGGCAGUUGCAAGCUUUGGGAAGGAAGGAAACAUGAGGACAUUACAUGAUUUUGGUCAGUCUUUCAGCCGAGAGGCUGGGAUUAAGAUGAUCUCGGGUUUGACGUUUAAACAAGAGAAUCUCAUCAAAGAUGAACCCGUGGUCAACCUGUUGUCUCAUUUGAAUGAAAUGCUCGAUUCUUCAGCAACCAAGACACGAUUUUCCUCGGGUAGCAACCUGCUGCAACAACUUGUACUGAUCAUUGGUGACGGAAAAUUCCACGAGAAAGAGAAACUGAAACGCAGUGUAAGGAAUUUCCUUAGCAAGAAACGGAUGGUAGUAUUUCUGCUUCUCGACAACGCGGAAGAAUCAGUUAUUGAUUUAAAGGAGUGUGUUGUGCAGAAAGAUGGGAGUAUAAAAUUCUUUAGAUACUUAGAUUCAUUCCCAUUCCCUUACUACAUUGUACUGAGAGACAUUGAAGCAUUGCCCACCACACUUGCUGAUCUGUUGAGACAGUGGUUCGAGCUCAUGCAGAAUUCGAGGGACUGAUUCUUCAAUCUCUGAACCUAAGUGAAUAGAAACUCGGAAGUGUUUUGCAGCAGUUGGGAAGGAUAUAAGACGAGACUACUGAUGAAGAGAACUCUUGGUUUUUUUGGUGUAUAUGCACACGAAAAUGUCUCGUCUCGAAAUAUGUAUCAUAACAUUUUAAACUGUUAUAAAAUAUAUUCAUUUUUUA